AUGUCUUUAUCACAGGAGAAAAAUUCAAGUUCUGCCGCAAAUACUGGAAAGAAUCAAUUUAGAAUAAUCGUUGGAUCUUAUGAGCACAACAUUUUAUGUGUGUCCCUAGAUUUAUCAUUAUCCGAACCGUUAUUUUCAGCAAUAUUUCAUUUUCAGGCACAUGCUCUUAGUGUUAAAUGUUUAGCUAGUUGCAAAAGAUAUUUGGUUUCAGGUAGCAAUGAUGAGCAUAUUAGAAUUUAUGAUUUACAAAAAAGAAAAGAGUUGGGUACUUUGUUAAGCCAUCAAGGUUCAAUUACGGCGCUAAAAUUUUCUGGUGAGACAGUCAAUUUUGAAACAAAAGAGUCUGAUCCAAGAAGCAAGGGGAAAUGGUUGCUAUCCGCGAGUGAGGAUAAAACCAUAUCUAUAUGGAGAGUAAAAGACUGGGAAAAGUUUGGUGUUUUAAAAGGCCAUACAGCCAGAAUCAACGAUAUAGACAUUCAUCCAAGUAAUAGAAUUGCAAUUAGUGUGAGUGAUGAUCAUACUAUAAGGCUAUGGAAUCUAAUGACCAUUAAAAAAGCAGGUAUUUUAAAAUUGAGAAAGUAUAAUCAAAAUGGCCAAUUUGUUAGAUGGUGUGGCGAAAACUCCGAAUUUUUUGUAGUUGCUCUAACUAAUCUAAUUCUGUUCUAUAAAACCUCAGAUGCCAAAGUUUUCCAUGAAAUUGAAUUAAGUGCUGGAAAAACAAUUAUGCAUUUAGAAGUUGUCAAAAUUGAAGGGGUAGAAUAUGUAGUUGUUGCUUUGAAUGAUGGGAAUGUCUCGUUUUUCAAUACCAAUUUUUUGAAGGAAGAAACAGCCCAAAAACAGUUGGAUGAAGAGGAAUUGGAUGAUAUAAAUGAUUUCCAGGGCACGAAAGCCGACUUUUCCCUACUAGGCCAUAGCAAUCGUGUCAAAGAUUUUAAAAUUUAUGAAAACCCAUUUGGUCUGUACUUGGUGACCAUCGGGUCUGAUGGUAGAAUUGUUGUUUGGAAUCUACAUUCGAGAGAUCAAAUAGCUGUCUAUGAUUGUGGCGAAAGGUUAAAUUGUUUAAGUUUAAUAAGUGAGGAUGUCGAAAAAUUUGAUAGCAUGAAGAAACGUACUUUAACUGAGGCGGAUUUGGAGGGUGAACAAAGUGAAGUUGAAGCAGAUCCAGAAGAAUUGAAGAAAAUAAUGUUGGGUGGGAAAAACAAAAGAAAGAAGAAGGGUUCCAUGGGUAAAAAAGCCAAGAAAGUUACUGUUGAACUAGAAUAA